AACACUUGAGCAGAUAAUUACAUAUCAAAUCAAAAUACGUGAAGUUUUGAUUAAAUCAUUAUAUUUCUCAUAGUUUCUGCUUCCCAGGAAAUUUUCAUUUGGUCGUUUGCAUCAAAAAUGGCCAAACAUUUAACUAUAUUGAUCUUUCUUGCAGUUUUCAGUGUAACAUUUGGGUCCCCAAAUUUCACCUUCAAUAAUCGGUAUUUUCCGCCAAAUUUUAAAUUGGGAGCCGCCACUGCUGCCUAUCAAAUUGAGGGAGCAUGGAAUGAAGAUGGCAAAGGAGUGAACCUGUGGGACUGGUAUACACAUACCUAUCCAGAAAGGAUCAAGCAUAAUUUUACUGGCGAUAUAGCUUGCGACAGCUAUCGCAAAUGGCGAGACGAUGUGGAAUUGCUGAAAAACUUGGGAGCCAGUCAUUAUCGACUAUCUAUUUCUUGGAGCAGAAUUUUACCUAAUGCUACUAUCAAUAAUAUUAAUGAAAAGGGCGUGGAAUACUACAUAAAUCUUUUCAAGGCAUUGCGUCAAAAUAACAUAGAGCCGAUGGUUACACUGUACCAUUGGGACUUACCAAUCACCCUGCAUGAAAUGGGUGGAUGGCUUAAUCCACUGCUGGCCGACUAUUUUGCUGAUUACGCUCGACUCUGCUUCGAAAAGUUUGGAGAGUAUGUGAAAAGUUGGAUUACAUUGAAUGAACCACAAUCGACAUGUCUAGGCGGGUAUGCUGAAGGUACAAAAGCUCCGGGAUACACGCAUAUCGGCGAAGGACUUUAUCAAUGCGCAUAUGUUCAUGUUUUGGCUCAUGCUAAAGCUUUCCAUAUUUACGACAAAGAGUUCAGGCCAGCCCAAAACGGCAGAAUCUCUAUUGUACUCGACGCUGGAUGGCCAGAGCCAGCUACGGAUGAUGAAUCGGAUUUAGCAGCCGCACAAACCGAAAGAGAAUUUGUGUUAGGUAUUUACGCCAACCCAAUUUAUUUGGGAAAUUGGCCUGAGGUUGUGAUCAAAAAUGUUGGGCAAAGAAGUGCCUUAGAAGGUUUAAACCGAUCCAGAUUGCCUGAACUGACUGAAGAAGAAAUUCAUUUUAUUAACGGCACAUCGGAUUUCUUUUGCAUAAAUACCUACUCAACAAAUUAUUUCACUUCGGCAAACACCGUUAAUGAAAGUAUUGGAGAACCAAGUUAUGCUUUAGAUAAGGGCACUAGGUCGUUUAUCGACCCCAGCUGGCCCUCAAAUGUAACUUGGGUCCAUUUAGUUCCAUGGGGUUUCAGAAAACUCCUCAAAUAUGUACAUGAUCAGUACAAUCAUCCCGAAGUCUUCGUAACGGAGAAUGGAUGGGCUGAUUUAACUGGACAACUUGACGAUACCGAAAGGAUCACUUAUAUCAGUGAAUACCUUAGCAGUUUGCUCGAUGCUUACUAUGAAGACAAUGUGAAUGUAACAGGCUACACCGUUUGGAGUCUUCUAGACAAUUUCGAAUGGACCAAUGGAUACACUCAAAAAUUGGGUUUGGUUCAAGUCAAUUUUGAUAGAGAAGAAAGAACAAGGACUCCGAAGGAUUCUUACUACUGGUACCAAAAAGUUAUAGAAACCAGAUGCCUAGUCGAUGAAUGUGUCAAGUAGUUUAAAAUAAAUACUUUAUUAUUUAUGUGAUAGUUAAUUUAAAAAAAUGCAUUGCAAUAUAUGCUAACAACAACAAAAAUAUAGGCACGCAAUGACUAGGGCAAAAAAUAUACAAAGACCAAAUGUUAAAUGAUUUACGACGUCUGGAAAACAAGUAAUACAAUAACAGAUUAUUACGAAUCUAAAAUACUGAUCAAUUUAGGCGCUGAAAUCGAAUUGUUUUCAAAUGUGCAAAAGAUAGAAGCUAAAAAAGGAAAAAAUCAUAUCAAAUACUCCAAGUUGUAUUGAGCAGAUAAAUAAACUCUAAAAAGAU